ACUUGAGGUGGAACAACGUUGGUCUGCUGGGCGGCCGGACCCUGCUGGAGGCUCUGCAGCAGAACAAGAGCCUCACACAGCUGGAGAUGGCAGGGAACAACAUACCGAGUGACACCCUCAAAGCACUUGAGCAGACCUCAGGACACAACUCAGAUCGACAGAGCGGCCUGAGAGAGAGCCGCAGCCGGACGCAGGUCCUCGGCAAGGAGAUUCAGAUUCUGAAGGAGGAGAAGGGGCGCCAGUUCCUAAACCUCAUGGAAACCAUAGACAGGCAGAGGGAGGAGAUGGGACGCUCCAGUGGGUCUGCCUCCAUUCAGGUAGGCCAACUCCAGGAAGCUCUGAAUGAGAGGAAGUCAGCUGUCAACUCCCUCACUGCCAAACUACAGAUGACGGAGGCUGCCCUCGCCCUCUCGGAGCAGAAGUACCACAACCUGGGAGAGCUGCUGACACGAGUGAAGUUUGAGAAAGAAGAACAGAGGGAGCGACAGAGCAGAGAGAGGAGAAAGGAGCAGGAGGACAAUGCACUCAGAGAGGGCAAACUGCGCAGAGAGACCCAAAACCUGUCCGACACCAAAGUCCAACUGAUGAAUAAAGUGGAGGAGCUGGAGCGCAGGUGUAAGUCUCAGCAGCAGCAGGUCUUUGAGCUGAAGCAGGAGCUGACCAACAGCAGCGCCGAGCUCAAGCUGCAGCUAGCACAGGCAGAAGACCGUCUGGAGAUGGAGAAGCGGAGGUCCAAGCAGGCUCUGCAGGACAGUGCCAGUCUCCGCCAGAAAGAGGUGGAACAAUUGAAUCGUCAUCUGGAAGAGUGUGAGAGGACUCUGCAGGAACGCAUCUUCAAACUGGAGGGACAGCGGAUACAACUGGAGGAGGAGCUGAGUAAAGCCAGAGCGGUGUGUAUGACGGAGCGAGCUCAGGCGGAGGAGGAGCUGGGGAGAGUGCGAGCUCUAGUUCGUCUGGAGGAGGUGGGUUUUAAAAAACUGUUAUUAAAAUGUGACUACAUUUUCGGUUACAUUAUUGAUGGCUUGUCUUUGAGGCAACAUACGUACAAGGUGAGGUGUAAUCAAAGAAGAAAAUGAAUGUACUGCAGUUAAUAAUAAUAAUGCAUUUUAUUUAUGGGCGCCUUUCAAAGCUCUCAAGGACACCUUACAGAGCAUAAUUAAAAACAAGCAACAAAGAAGAUCACACAGUAAUACAAGACUUAAAAGCAAAGACUUAAAAACAACAAUCAGUUUAGAAAAAUUAUUAAGAUAUUGAAUAUGCCAGUUUAAAAACGUGUGUUUUCA